GGACGUUGGUAGGGAAACUUUUUUAUAUUUUUCCGUGUCUGUACACCCAUGGAACGACAGGAUACGGGCCUCCCAGCGCCUUCAUAUCUCCAAUCAAGCGGCGAACGUCAACGCCAAUCAGAAAACCUCUUUCUAGACGGCCACAAUAAGAGCUCACUCAACUCAUCAGUCUACGAAACACAAGACGACUCUCAACCCAUGGCCAGCGCGGAUGACGACCUUGUAGAUAAGCCAACAACGGAAGGCAGUUGUCUCAUGGCGACGGCGAGCGGGGAUUUCGGUGGUGAGAGACGCGUCGGCGGGAAGACAGAGAGCGACACGAAGAUGACUCUGUAUCUCUACCUGCUCUCGUUCUUUGCCGCGAUUGGUGGAUUUCUGUUCGGUUAUGAUACGGGCGUCGUGUCUGGCGCCAUGCUGUAUGUGGAUUUGUAUUAUGACGGCUUGACUGACUUACAGCAGGAGAUGAUUGUGAGUGUGACGAUCGGUGCGGCAGCUGUCGGUGCCGCUUUGGGUGGAAAUAUCAAUGAGUGGCUGGGGAGGAAGAAGACGCUCAUUUUGGCGUCGUUUGUGUUUACUGUUGGCGCUGUGUGUAUGGCCUCAUCGCCUCCUAAGUAUUGGCAGGUGCUGUUUGUUGGUCGGCUGAUUGUUGGAAUCGGGAUUGGUUUUGCGUCUAUGACUGUUCCGGUCUAUAUCGCUGAGUGUGCUCCGUCUGGUCUGAGGGGCAAACUUGUCGUUGUCAACAGUUUGUUUAUUACUGGAGGACAAGCUGCAGCAGCGACGAUUGACGGAGCGUUUGGUGGAUUGAGAGAUAGCGGAUGGCGGUAUAUGUUGGGACUGGCUGGUGUUCCUUCUGUUGUCAUGUUUUUUGGCUUCAUGUUUAUGCCAGAAUCUCCACGCUGGCUGCUAAGGAAAGGCCAUCCCGAGCAGGCAAGAGAAACUCUUAGAAAGAUUAGAGGAACACCAAAUGUUGACAAAGAGCUAAUGGAUAUUGAAAAGAUGUUCAAGCAAGAGGAGGAAGAGGAAGGGAAAGAGUCGUUUUGGGCUAAGACGAAAAGGAUGUUUACAACUCCAUCUGUUAGACGAGCUGUUAUUGUUGGUUGCGGACUACAGGCUAUUCAACAGCUGGCGGGCAUCAACACUGUCAUGUACUACUCUGCCACCAUAAUUAGAAUGGCAGGAGAGAAAAACGAACGCAAUGCCCUCUGGUACUCAGCCCUCGUAGCCACAGGAAACAUGGUCUUCACCUCAGUAGGCAUAUGCCUAGUCGAAAGACUCGGUCGACGGAAACUCCUCUUGGCCAGCCUUUUCGGAGUAUUCCUCUGCUUAGGUUUUCUCUCUGGAGGCUUCUGGUACGCAAAGUCUCAAGGCCCACCCGACCUUCGCUUUGCCAACUUCUCAGAAGAUGGAAGCAAAUGUCAAUACCGGAGUUGUGAUACGUGUAUCUUAAACUCCGACUGUGGCUUCUGUUUUCAUAAUGAGUCCUCGAAACCUGUAGAGGGCACGUGUCAACAUAUUUCCAGCGAAACGAAGUUUAAAUCGAGGACAGGCGAUCCAAAUGAAGGUGGUCAGGUCUGCAGUCUAGCGGACGCUCUUAUUUACGAUAACAAAACAACGUGGGCAUUUGACUACUGCCCUGUUAACAACGCGUGGAUCAUCGUCGUCGCUCUUGUCUGUUACAUCGCGGCGUUUGCACCCGGAAUGGGGCCCAUGCCGUGGACCAUUAACUCGGAGAUUUACCCAAAUUGGGCUCGUUCGACCGGCACGUCGUACGCAACUGCGGUCAACUGGAUAUGUAAUCUCGCCAUUUCAAUGUCGUUUCUUACCUUGUCGAACAGCGAGGAUAUCGGUCGACAGGGCGCUUUCCUUAUCUAUGCCUUCUUUGCUCUCUUGGGGUUGAUAUUUGUGUACGCGUUUGUGCCUGAGACGCGGGGGAAGAAGCUGGAAGAAGUGGAGAAGUUGUUUGAGCGGCCGUGGUGUGAGAGGUGUUGUGCGGGGCGUGAUGGGUAUGAACGUCUUGGUGGUGUGGAGACGUGACGAAGUGUGUGUGAACAGAUAGUUUCUUAUGUACAUGCUUUUUGCUUUUUGGUUUAGUAGGGAAAUUAGAUGGUGCAGGCAUUGGA